AAUUUGAAUCUCUGUUCACUGUUUUGCAUCCAAUGCAAAACCCUCCUUAAACCACCCUUCAAAACAUGUCCUCUGUUCUAAAACAAAACCCCACACCAUGAACUUGAGAACUCCCUCUAUGUCCAAGCUCAACCCACUUCUCUUUCUCCUUCAAAUUUCCAAAACACCCUCUCAAGUCCUCCAAAUCCACUCCCAACUCAUUACCAAUAACCUCCUAAUCGACCCCUUUGUCUCAAGCCAGUUACUGCUCUAUCUAACUUCACCUAGUACACUCAACAUGGACCAUGCUGAGCUGUUAUUCACUCAAACUCAUCAACCUAAUACUUUCAUGCAUAACACUAUGAUCAAAGGCUUUACACAAACCUCAAACCCACGAAAGGCUUUUGAUUUUUAUGUUAAUAUGAAAAGAAGAGGGGUUUUAGUUGAUAAUUACACAUACCCAUUUGUGCUAAAGGCUUGUGGGGUGUUAAUGGGAUUGGUGGAGGGGAGAGAGAUACAUGGAGAGGUAGUGAAGAGAGGAUUUUCAUGCGAUGUUUUUGUGGUGAAUGGUUUAAUUGGGAUGUACUCUAAAUGUAAAGCAAUGGUUUGUGCUAGAAUGGUGUUUGAUGAGUAUGAGGCUAAGGAUUUGAUAUCUUGGAAUUUGAUAUUGGGUGGAUAUGUGCAAAGUGGUGAAAUGGGGGCAGCGCAGAAGAUAUUCGAUGAAAUGCCGGAGAAGGAUGUGAUUUCAUGGUCUAUUAUGAUUGAUGGGUAUGGGAAGAGAACUGUUGACAUUGUUUCUGCACGAGUUCUUUUUGACCGCAUGCCCACAAAAGAUUUGGUUUCUUGGAACUCUAUGAUUGAUGUGUAUGCAAAGGUUGGAGAAUUGGUGGCUGCUCGUCAAUUAUUUGAUGAGAUGCCGAAGAAAAAUGUGAUUUCAUGGAGCAUAAUAAUAGAUGGCUAUGCUCAGCAGGGAAAUCCUAAGGAAGCCUUGGAUCUUUUCAGGCAGAUGCUUUGCCAAGGCGUGAGACCUGAUUUGGUGUCUGUCAUGGGGGCAAUAUCAGCUUGUGCUCAGCUGGGUGCACUUGAUCAGGGCAGAUGGAUACAUAUGUACAUAAAGAGAACUAGGAUCACUAUGGACAUAGUUGUUGAAACUGCUUUAAUAGACAUGUAUAUGAAAUGUGGAAGUCUUGAUGAGGCUCGCAGGAUGUUCUAUUGCAUGUCAAAAAAGAAUGUCAUUUCUUAUAAUGUGAUGAUUGUUGGACUUGGUAUGCAUGGUUUUGGAGAGGAAGCUCUAGAAUGUUUUGCUCAGAUGGAAAGGGAGGGGAUUCCUAAGGAUGAUCUCAUCUUCCUUGGUGUUCUAACAGCUUGUAGCCAUGCUGGUCUGGUAACUGAAGGAUUCGUCAUUUUUAACUGUAUGCAGGAAGACUAUAAAAUUGAACCUAAGGUUGAACAUUUCAGCUGUUUAAUAGAUCUUCUCAGCCGGGCAGGACAAUUAGAGCAAGCCCUAAGUGUUAUAGAUUCCAUGCCCACGAAACCUAAUUCAGCUCUGUGGGGAACUCUUCUCAUGGCAUGCCGAACUCAUCAAAAUGUGGCUCUUGCAGAAGUUGUAGUCAAAAGGCUUGUGGAGCUAAAAGCAGAUGAUUGUGGGGUAUAUGUACUUCUAUCAAAUAUCUAUGCAGAUGUAGGAAUGUGGGAUGAUGUUCUUCAGAUCCGGGAACUGGUGAGGAACAGAAAGAUGAAAAAGGAAACUGGAAGCAGUAUAAUUGACGUAGACGGAAGUAUCAAUGAGUUUGUUAGUGGAGAAAUCCAUCAUGUCUGGAGUGAAGAACUAGAAUCGGUUAUCUGGAGCCUUUUAAAGAUGGCCAUGUAGAGAGAAUCAACUAAAUAUGUUGAGACUCGAGGCACAACAGCAAAUGCAUUGAGGGGAAGCCAAAAAUUAUUAUCCACUUAUGUCAUCAUUAAAUUGUCGUCAGAAUGCAGAAAGACAUACAACAACAGAGGCAAGAAAAACAAAGAGGAAGACCAAAAGCUGUGUGUUGAAAGAGCAACAGAGGCAAUUUUAUUGAGGUAAAAGUUAGUAUUUACCUAUGCAAUUAGCGAGAGCUAGAAUCAUGUCAUCUUGUACAGUUUAAACCACAUCUGUUAGAAUCCUUCAUUCCAGUUUCGAGCUAAUUUUCUUUUAAGGAAUUAAAGCCUCAUCAUAGUAGAACCCAGAAUAUGAUGUUUAAAUAUAAUGUUGUUAAUGGAAAUGAUAAAGCUAAUUCAUACUUCCUUUACUAACUUAUCUUAAAAGACAUUAGUAACAAUAAACAGAAAUAGCUGAACAGAUAACGAGAGAUC